AUGGGAAUCUGUAGAGUUUCUGUAUUUGGGAAGAAUUCUUUCAGAUUGUUGAUGAUCAUUUUCUGCAUGAUCAUCUCUGUUCAAGCUUUGAAUAAAGAAGGGGUUUUUCUUUUGGAGUUUAAGAAAUCCCUGAUAGAUCCCAAUGGUAAUCUGCAAGGCUGGAAUGCUUUGGAUGUAAAUCCUUGUAACUGGACUGGCAUAGGUUGUUCUGAUGAUUAUAAGGUGACUUCUGUUCAUCUCAAUGGCCUUAACUUGUCUGGUACUCUGUCUUCAAGCAUUUGUAACCUUCCCUACCUUACUGAUUUGAAUGUGUCAACAAACUUCAUUUCUGGUUCUAUCCCUCCUGAUCUUGCAUUUUGCCAGAGUCUUGAAGUUUUAGACCUCUGCACAAACAGGUUUUACAGUGAAUUUCCUUCCCAGCUGUACAAAAUUGCCUUUCUCAGGCAGCUUUAUCUUUGUGAGAACUACAUUUUUGGGGGAGUUCCACAAGAAAUUGGAUAUAUGAGUUCAAUUGAGGAGCUGGUGAUUUACAGUAACAAUCUUACUGGCACAAUUCCAUCAUCCAUUGGCAGACUGAAGCAGCUUCGGAUCAUAAGGGCCGGUCGAAAUUUCCUGUCAGGUCCAAUUCCUGAUGAAAUUAGUGAAUGUGAGAGCCUGGAAGUCCUAGGACUGGCAGAAAAUAUGUUGGAAGGAUCAUUUCCAAUUGAGCUCCAAAAGCUUGGGAAGCUUACCAACUUGAUUCUCUGGAAGAAUAAUUUCUUUGGUCAGAUACCUCCUGAAAUUGGGAAUUUCAGUAGUUUGGAACUGCUUGCCUUGCAUCAAAAUGCAUUCAUUGGUUCCCUUCCUAAGGAGUUGGGGAAGUUAGGUCAGUUGAAAAGAUUGUACAUUUACACAAACCAGUUAAAUGGAACCAUUCCACCAGAAUUAGGCAACUGUUCAAGUGCAGUUGAGAUUGAUCUUUCUGAAAACCACUUGAGUGGAUUCAUCCCAAAAGAGUUAGGCCAAAUCCCUGAUCUUCGAUUGCUUUACCUUUUCGAAAAUUUACUGCAGGGUGAAAUCCCAAAGGAGUUGGGACAGUUGCAGCAGCUAUGGAAACUGGAUUUGUCAAUAAAUAAUUUGACAGGCACCAUACCUGAAGAGCUUCAAAAUCUCAGGAAGUUGGAGCAUUUACAGCUGUUUGAUAAUCAUCUUGAUGGAAACAUUCCAGAGCUCAUGGGACAAAACAGCAACCUCACUGUUGUUGACCUGUCCAAGAAUAACCUUGUGGGCAGUAUACCAGCAGAAAUUUGCAGGUCUCAGAACCUGAGUUUUCUCAGCCUUGGAUACAACAAGCUGACUGGAAACAUACCUCAUGGCUUAAAAACAUGCAAAUCUCUUGAGACCCUUAUGUUGGGAGACAAUCUACUCACUGGAAGCUUACCUACGGAAUUGUCCAAACUUCAGCAUCUUUCCGCUCUUGAGCUCUAUCAAAACAGGUUCUCCGGGCUGAUACCGCCUGAAGUAGGCAAUUUUAACAACUUGGAAAGGCUUCUCUUAGCAGAUAACUAUUUCUUUGGAAAAAUACCACCGGAAAUUGGUAAUCUGGUGAAGCUUGUUGCAUUCAACGUCUCUGGUAACCGGCUUUCUGGGAGGAUCCCUCGAGAGUUGGGGAAAUGCGUGAAACUCCAGAGGCUUGAUUUAAGUGGAAACUAUUUUGCAGGUUACCUUCCUGAAGAAAUUGGCAUGCUGACAAAUUUGGAAUUGCUGAAGCUGUCAGAUAACAGAUUCACUGGACCAAUUCCGAGUAGUUUAGGCGACCUCAUCAGGCUGACUGAUUUGCAAAUGGGGGGGAACUUUUUCUUUGGCAGCAUUCCUGUUGAGCUUGGUAAACUUACUUCCCUUCAGAUUUGUCUCAAUAUCAGUCAUAAUAUGUUGAAUGGCACCAUUCCUGUUAACUUGGGGAAUUUGCAAAUGCUUGAAUAUCUUUAUCUCAAUGAUAAUGAGCUUGUUGGUGAAAUUCCCAGCGCGGUUGGAGGCUUAGUGAGUCUCACUGUUUGCAAUGUUUCCAACAACAACCUAGUUGGUAUGGUGCCGAACAAUCCCACUUUCGAAAAGAUGGACUCUAGCAAUUUUGUUGGAAAUGCUGGUUUAUGCAGAUUUCGUUGUCAUUUACCCUCGACUAAUCCUUCAUAUACCCCGGGAUGGAACUGGUUAAAAGAAAGCUCUUCCAAACAAAAAAUAGUCACCAUUGUAAGCGCCGUUGUAGGGCUAAUUUCUUUAACUUUCAUUGUAGCUCUUUGUUGGGUCAUGAAGCGCCAAAAACCACCAUCCUUUGUUUCUGCUGAAGAUGAAUCAAGGCCAGAUAUACUAGAAAGCUAUUACUUCCCCAAGGAAGGUUUCGCAUACCAGGAUCUUGUGGAAGCUACCGGGAACUUUUCAGACAGUGCAGUAAUAGGAAGGGGAGCUUGUGGCACAGUAUAUAAGGCCGAGAUGGUGAAUGGCGAUGUAAUUGCUGUCAAAAAGUUGAAAUCCCGGGGAGAAGGACCGAGUUCAGACAAUAGCUUCCAUGCUGAAGUUUCAACUCUAGGGAAGAUCAGGCACAGGAACAUUGUAAAGCUUUUCGGCUUCUGCUAUCAACAAGAUUCCAAUCUUCUCUUGUAUGAAUACAUGGAAAAUGGAAGCCUGGGAGAACUUCUUCAUGUCAACCAGAAAUGCGUGCUAAACUGGAAUGAGCGGUAUAAAAUCGCGCUUGGAGCAGCCGAAGGUUUAUGCUAUCUUCACCAUGAUUGUAAACCACAAAUCAUUCACCGGGAUAUCAAGUCCAACAACAUUCUACUUGAUGAAUCUUUCCAGGCACACGUUGGAGAUUUUGGCUUGGCAAAGUUGAUUGACUUAUCCUAUUCUAAGUCCAUGUCUGCAGUAGCUGGCUCAUAUGGCUACAUUGCUCCAGAAUACGCUUACACGAUGAAAGUGACAGAGAAAUGCGAUAUCUACAGUUUUGGUGUUGUGCUGUUGGAAUUAAUCACUGGAAAGUCUCCAGUCCAACCACUUGACCAGGGUGGUGAUUUAGUGACUUGGGUGAAACAGUCGAUUCACAAAGUUGUAGAAUUAUCAGAGAUAUAUGACAAAAGGCUAGACCUAAUAAGUGUGAGGAAUCUGGAAGAGAUCUCACUAGUUCUUAAGAUAGCAUUGUUUUGUACUAGUACUUCUCCUCUUAGCAGACCGACAAUGCGAGAAGUUGUCGCGAUGCUGAUCGAUGCAAGGGAAGGUACUACGAUCAGUUCACCAUCAUCCCCAACAUCAGAAACUCCUUUGGAUGAAAACAGCGCUUGUAAAGGUUACGAGGAACCAUAG